AUGACCCAGUCAGUUCUAUCUUGCCGGGCACAAGCUGUGGUCGAUUCAGGAUCAGAUAAUCCCUUUUUUGAUGUCAUUAGCGAUGUGUGGUGCCCAUCAAAGAACCCUAAGGGAUACGUCAAUGUGGGCGUGGCAGAAAAUACAUUGAUGCACGAUGAGCUAUUGAAGUUUCUCAACCAGAGGCUCGAACUCCCCGCUAAAUAUCUCACAUACAACGAGGGCGGAUCUGGCUCUUCCAGGUUGAAGAAAGCCAUCGCUUCAUUUUUGAAUAAUCACCUGAAGCCCUUCACACCGCUAGACCCAAGCCAUUUGAUGAUUACCAACGGCGUCUCACCUGCGGUUGAACAUGUUGCAUGGGCAUUCGCAGACCCCGGGGAAGGGAUUCUCCUCGGCAGACCAUACUAUGGGAUGUUCAUACCCGAUAUAUCACUUCGUUCAGGGAGCCCCGUCGUUCCCGUCAGCUUUGACGAGCAUGACCCUCUCAGCCUCGAGGGUGUUGAUAAGUAUGAAGAAGCAAUUUUGGAGUUCCAGCAGCGAACUGGCAAGAAAGUCAAAGCUCUGAUGCUUUGCCAUCCUCACAACCCACUCGGACGCUGCUAUCCCAGAGCAGUGCUCAUUAAGAUGAUGCAGCUUUGCCAGAAAUACCAAAUCCAUCUGAUCAGUGACGAAAUCUAUGCCCUUUCUACUUUCGAAAAUUCUGUCGAUACGCAUCCUCCACCUGUCAAGUUUGAAUCCGCCUUAUCAAUUGACCCAACCGGGAUCAUCGACCCUGGUCUAGUCCACGCUCUGUGGGGUAUGAGCAAAGACUUUGGUGCAAAUGGAAUGAGAAUCGGAGUUAUUAUUUCUCAAGCCAACCGAAACGUCCACAUGGCACUGCAGGGUACCGCUCUGUAUUCUCAGGCCUCUGGGAUCACGGAUCACUUGACAUCUCUCUUGCUUGAGGAUACUGAUUUUACCAACCGGUACAUUCAACAAAACCAACAGAAGCUUUCUGAGGCACAUGCAUACACGACGAAUUAUCUCAAACAGCACGGAAUUGAAUAUGCAACAGGAUGCAAUGCUGCUUUCUUCGUCUGGAUGGACCUGGGCAAAAGGUAUCACGAGCUCCAUCCCGAGGAGGACUGCGAGGACAUUGAGAAAACAGUUAUGCAGCGACUUUUGCAAAAGAAGGUGUUUCUGGCUACUGGCUUUCUCUUUGGGUCCGAGCAGAAAGGAUGGUUUCGAAUUGUUGUUACGCAGGGUCAUGAGCUACUGAGCAUGGCUUUGGAAAGAAUAGUUGCGGCACUUGAGUGA